GUAAGAUGGGGAAGGAAGUUUGUGGAGUACUGGAAGGAGGAAUGUGAGAAGGGUAGUUUGGAUUUGCGUAACCCGAAGGGUUUUGUAUAUAUACUGAUAUCCCCAUGGCAUAAGUAGAUAUAUGUGGGGAUGACUGAACGUGAACUGUGGGCUAGGUGGAAGGAACAUGUGGGGUGUACUAUCCAAGGACGUGGCAAGAGAAGUAGGAAUCUGUAUAAUUGGCUGGGGAAGCUGGGAGUACACAAAUAUGUUGCGAUUCCAGUGUUUUGCAGUAAUGUGAAAGAUGAACUGGAAGCUGUGGAAAGGACGCUUAUCCGGGAAUGGGCUCCGUCAUUGAACUCGGAGGUAAAGAAAAGGAGUACGAAGAAACGGUGUAGAGCAGGGAAGAAGGAACGAGCGAAGAAGUGGAAGAGAGAGCAUGAUGUGGAGGAAUACGUAGAACCAAAUGUGGAGAGGGUAGCGACGAAGGUGUCGAGUUGGAAACGGGGCAAGGAAGGGGAAGCAUCGGUUAGACUAUGUGAUAUGCUGAGGAGUCUGAUUGAACCAAGCCAUGGGAAAGAGGUCAAGGUGUAUGGAAAUGGAGGUGGAGUAUGGAGCGAUAAGUGGCGGGUGGUGCUCCGGUUGUUUGGCGAGUCGCGGGUGAAAGUCGGAGGAAGGACAAGGCCACUAAGGAAAUGUAAGAAGCUACUGGAAAGCGGAGGGGAGAUUGUGCUGCGGGAUGCAGUUGAAGCAUCUCCUCGCAGUCUGAAGUUGAAGAAAGAGAUCGUGAGAAUGUUCAAGAACAGGAAGAGAGCUGCGAAGUUAGCGCAACGACCAAUGAAGAUGCUGGUUCAUUUCUAUAGUGCAGCGAAGUUAUUUUCACAGAAGAAGAGUAGGUCUCGGACCAGGAAAAUGAUCUCCGAUGCAAUUAAGAAAGGACACAAUGUGAAUAUUCGAAGAACGGUAGUGGUGAAGGUAAGAUUCGACGAGAGAGUGAAGAGAGCGAAAGUGGUGCGAUUGGUGAGGAGGAUCGAAGCGCUGCAUGAAAGAUUGGAGGUGGAAAUCAGCCAGGGCCUGUCGAACCUGGAUUGGCUGGGUGAUGGGAUGGUGAUAGAGAGGCCGCUGCCGGAGGAACUGAUGAAGUGCGUCGAUGAAUUGAAAGUGGAUCAGGUUACUGAUGUGGAAGAAGUGCUCGCAUUAAAAAGAGAACUGCGAAAUCUGGUCCUAGCCCUGCUGGAUAGGAAUCCAGGAGACACGCUGGUUAUGUGUCCAAGUGUGUAUUUUAGGGCGAUGCGUGAGACGUUUAUCGAGAACGACGGGUACGUAGUUAGCAUGACGGAAGAAGCGGUAAUUCUGAGCGAAAUGGAGGAGUUCAGAGGAAAGAAGUAUGGAGGGAUGGGGAAGUGGAAGGCGGAGGCUGAGUUGGGGUCGGCGUACGUGCUGCCUAAACACAAGGACACGACGAAGUUCAGGCCGAUUUGUCCAACGUAUUGUGAACCGGGAGUCAUGGUAUGUAAGACAGCGACAAAAUGUCUGAAUGCGAUGCUGUUCGGACUACCAGAAAGCGGUCACUUUAAUCUGAAAUCGGUUUCGGGAAUGGGGGGGAAGUUGGAAAGGAUGAACAGAAAACUGGGACGCACGUGUUCUGAUGUUCGAGUGAUGGCGGUGUCAUACGAUAUAAAAGAUAUGUUUUCUAAAUUGUUGCACUCGACCAUCAUGAAAUCCGUGGAGUGGUGUAUUUGGUGGUACAAGGAAAAGGGAUUCGAGGGAGUUGUCGUGAAGAGAAGAGGGAGAGAAACGAAGUUGUGCAGGGAAGAUGAGCCGGAGGGCUAUAGGCGAGUAGAGUCUCGAAUAUUGCUUGAUUUUAUAACAUCGGACUUGCGCAACUGCUACACGAAGGCUGGAGGGUACAUCUUGCUGCAGAAGAUCGGGAUUCCAAUGGGGAAAUCUUCAAGCCCCCCAUCGGCAUGCCUUAUGUGCGCAAAGGCAGAAUGAGAUUUCCUGAUAACCCUGGGUGGGCAGAAGCGAUUUGUGGCAGGACUGCGAUUUGUGGAUGAUGCGUCGGUGUUCGUAGCAUA